AUGACGAAGUCUUACGAGUUCAACUGGCAGCGGACCGUGCCUGCCUUCCUACAGGAGGGGGCCAGCUUCGACAGAUUUGAUGAGGAUCCGUUCGUGUUUGAGCCCAGCUGUGUGUUCAAGGUGGACGAGUUCGGCUUCUUCAUCACGUGGAAGAGCGAUGGAAAGGAAGGGCAGGUCCUGGAGUGUUCCCUCAUCAACAGUAUCCGAGUCGGAACAGUGCCCAAGGACCCCAAGAUCCUGUCGACACUGGAGGCUGCUGGGAAGACGGAGGCGGAGCUGGAGGGCCGCAUCAUCUGCGUGUGCAGCGGGACAGACCUGGUCAACCUCAGCUUUCUCUACAUGGUGGCCGACACAGCAGACACCGCCAAGAAAUGGCUGGAGGGUCUGAGGGCGGUAAUCCACAACUUCAGGGCCAACAACGUGUGUCCCAUGACGGGCCUCAAGAAACACUGGAUAAGGCUGUGUUACUCUACUAAUGUCAAUGGAAAGAUUCCAGUGCGAGGCAUUACACGGACGUUCGGCUCGGGGAAGACAGAGAAAGGCAUCUUUCAGGCCUUGAAGGAUCUGGGCCUACCCAGUGGGAAGAACGAUGAAAUUGAACAUUCCGUUUUCACCUAUGACAUGUUCUACACUCUCACACAGAAGAUCUGUCCUCGCACAGACAUCGACGAGCUCUUCAAAAAGAUCAAUGGGGACAAAACUGAUUAUUUAAAUGUAGACCAGCUAGUCAGCUUUCUGAAUGACAAUCAGCGCGACCCUCGCCUGAAUGAGAUCCUCUUCCCCUUCUACGACCCCAAACGCGCCACACAGAUCCUCGACAAGUAUGAGAAGGAUGGAGAACACAAGAAGAAAGGUCACAUGUCGAGUGACGGGUUCUGCCGGUACCUGAUGUCGGAUGAGAACGCCCCGGUGUUUCUGGACCGGCUGGAGGAGUACCAGGAGAUGGACCAGCCCCUUGCCCACUACUUCAUCAGCUCAUCGCACAACACGUACCUGACCGGACGCCAGUUUGGGGGUCGCUCCUCCGUGGAGAUGUACAGACAGGUGUUGCUCUCUGGUAGCAGGUGUGUAGAGUUGGACUGUUGGGAUGGGAAAGGAGAAGACCAGGAACCAAUCAUCACUCACGGCAAAGCAAUGUGCACUGACAUCCUCUUCAAGGAUGUGAUCGUGGCAAUCAAAGAAACAGCAUUCGUCACGUCAGACUAUCCAGUCAUCCUGUCUUUCGAGAACCACUGCAGUAAACCGCAGCAGUAUAAGAUGGCUAAAUACUGCGAGGAUAUCUUUGGAGACCUGCUACUGAAAGGAGCGCUGGAUGGAUUUCCACUUGAAUCGGGCCGUUCUCUGCCCUCUCCUUCUGACUUGAAGAGAAAGAUCCUGAUCAAGAACAAGCGGCUCAAGCCUGAAGUGGAGCAAAAACAGCUGGAGUCCUUUAAGAAGCACAUGGAGGCAGGGGAACUGAUCACGCAAGACAACAUACUAGCGGACGAGAAUGAAGAGGAGAGUGAACUCACUGAAGGGAAGGAGGGAUCGACGCAGAACACAGAAGGGAAGACGCCCAACAACAUCUCAUCAGAGGACGCCAGCGACGCCACACAGAACAGCAUCAAGAAGCCGGCCCCAGACGAGGACGCCACAGAGGUUUCCGAGGCGACAGAGGCCACGGACGCCACAGACAUGUCAGAGGCCUCAGAAGCAGAUAACAACAAGAAGGCGGAGGUGCCAGAGAAUGAUGAGGAGGCCUUCCUGGCCAACUACACCUAUGAGGGGGCCACUACCAACAUCCAUCCCCUGCUCUCCUCCAUGGUCAACUACGCACAGCCCGUCAAGUUCCAGAGCUUUGACCAAGCAGAAGAGAAGAACAUUCACCACAACAUGUCUUCCUUUAACGAGUCGGUGGGCCUGGGAUACCUGAAGACCAACGCCCUGGAGUUUGUCAACUACAACAAGCGUCAGAUGAGCCGCAUCUACCCCAAAGGCGGCCGCGUGGACUCCUCCAAUUACAUGCCUCAGAUCUUCUGGAAUGCCGGAUGCCAGAUGGUCUCGCUCAACUUCCAGACGCCAGAUCUGUCCAUGCAGCUGAAUCAGGGGAAGUUUGAGUACAAUGGCGCAAUCGGGUACCUGCUGAAGCCGGACUUCAUGAGGCGUUCUGACCGUAUGUUUGACCCCUUCUCGGAGACGCCGGUGGACGGGGUGAUUGCCGCCACCUGCAGCGUCCAGAUCAUCUCUGGCCAGUUCUUGUCGGAUAAGAAGAUCGGCACGUACGUGGAGGUGGACAUGUACGGGUUGCCCACGGAUACCAUACGCAAGGAGUUCCGCACGCGAAUGAUCAUGAACAACGGCCUGAACCCAGCGUACAACGAAGAGCCCUUCGUCUUCAGAAAGGUGAUCCUACCUGACCUGGCGGUGCUGCGUAUCGCAGUGUAUGACGACAACAACAAGCUGAUUGGCCAGCGCAUCCUGCCGCUGGACGGGCUGCAGGCGGGCUACCGCCACAUCUCGCUCCGCAACGAGGGCAACAAGCCGCUCUCCCUGGCCACCGUCUUCUGCAACAUCGUCCUCAAGACAUACGUGCCCGACGGCUUUGGCGCCAUUGUGGAUGCACUGUCAGACCCAAAGAAGUUCCUCACCAUAGCCGAGAAGAGAGCAGACCAGAUGAGGGCGUUGGGGAUCGAAACGAGCGACAUAGCAGACGUGCCAAACGAGGGCAGUAAGAACGAUAAGAAGGGCAAGCAGACCCAGGCCAAGGCUAACGUGACGCCACAGGCCAGCUCAGACCCGGGCCAGAGCUCCAACUCGGCCGUCAACAACGCCACGGAAAGUAAGAAAGAUGGCUCAGCCGUGCCCCAAGUCAGCAUCGAUGACCUCAAGCAGAUGAAGACGUACCUGAAACUCCUGAAAAAGCAGCAGAAGGAGCUGGGAACGCUAAAGAAGAAGCAUGCUAAGGACCACAAUGCCAUGCAGAAAUCCCACUGCGGGCAGAUGGACAAGAUGAUGGCGCAGCACGACAAGGAGAAGCUAACUCUGGAGAAACUACUGGAGAAGUCUAUCAAGAAGAAAGGGGAAAACAACUGCCAGGAGCUCAAGAAAGAGACGGAAGCCAAAGUCCAGAGUCUCAGCACAGACCACAAAGGAAAGGUAAAGGAGAUCACUGCGCUCCACACUAAGGAGUUCUCGGAGCUGCUGGCGUCCCAGAGCACUGAGGAGCAGGAGCUGAAGGACGCCCACGUCACGCAGCAGUGCGACCACCUGAAGAAGCUGCUCACCGGCAUACAGGAGCAGCAGACCGUGCAGCUCAAACUAGUGCACGAGAGACAAAGUAAAGAGAUGCGUGCCAACCAGGCCAAGUCGUCUAUGGAGAACAGCAAGGCCAUCAGCCAGGACAAGUCCAUCAAAAACAAAGCAGAGCGGGAGAGGAGAGUCAGGGAACUCAACAGCAGCAACACCAAAAAAUUCCUAGAGGAGAGAAAACGGCUGGGCAUGAAACAAUCAAGAGAGCUGGAACAGCUGGAGAAGAACCAGAGAGAGCAGCGAGAGAAACUGGAGAAAUUCACAGAGCAGCUUUUGAAAUCACAUCAUGCCGAGUCACAAGGCCAAGGACAUCCAGCAGAUGGCGAAGCUGGAAGCGGAGAUGGACAUCAGGCCAGCCACGGUGGUGUGAGCGCCACGCCCCCCUCCUCCUCCUCCACGCCGCCCUCCUCUUGACCUUGACCUCUGACCCUCUUCUGCACCCUCAACAUUCAACAUCAACAUCAUCGCAACGACCGUUCACCCCUCCUCUGCUGCGGCCGACCACCACCACCACCACCACCCUCCGUCGUCAACCACGUUGUUUUAGAAGGGGCGCUCAACUGCUGGCAGCUUCAAUCAGUUCACACACACACACACACACACACACACACACACACACACACACACACACACACACACACACACCGGGUGCCUGCAGCUGACAUCGGAGCGUUCGGUAGAGAAGCAGCACUCUCAAACAGAAAUCUUAUCCGUGUAAGAGAUACACCGAUAGACAGACAGACAGGCGGAUAAGAAGAUGGCGUCAGCUGAAACGUCAGUCUCUCUUGUCAUGCUAGCCCAUCAGAUCACUAGGAGGUGUGUGUGUAUUUGACAGUGUGGCUUUCCUCUACCAAAUUGCAUUAUCAGCACCCGACCCCUCAUCACACACACACACACACACACACACACACACACACACACACACACACACACACACACACACACACACACACACACACAUCCCAGAAACAGUGUGUGGUGCCACAUACUGUGCCCAGUGCCCUGUAGCCAGUUGGCAGCGCCCAGUGCCAGACCCCCAAUACCCUCUAUUGGGCUCAUGACUGCUGAAGGCCUCCUCUCCUAGCCGCCAAACACACACACACACACACACACACACACACACACACACACACACACACACACACACACACACACACUCCGUCUUUGUAAUCUCUAUCAGUGUGUUCUGUCCUCUUGUCAACACUUUUCAGUUUUCAGCCAUGCACGUGCACACGUACACACACACACACACACACACACACACACACACACACACACACACACACACACACCAUCCCUUUAUACACAUUUGAAAUGGUGUAUCUGGUACGAGAGGAGGCACAUGUAUGGCACUCGACACGCCGCACCCCAAACCAAUACUCUGUUGUUACAUAUGGUACUACGCAAAGAGCUAACGGCCGCAAGCUAAAUUGACCAACAGGAAACGUAUAUACUGUAUGUAUAGAAAAAAAGAAUCUUUAAAAAAAGAGAUGUAGUUUGUUUGUUUUUUUAAGUCUGCACAAACAUCUGAAAAUUAUACUACACAAGAGUGGA